UUGUUUUACCCAAAAUUGUUUAUUUUAUAAUCGAAUUUUAAUUAAUUUGGUUUGUUGAUAAAGAAAAGAAGCAAGAACAAUGUCCGGCGACCUUGAUGAUUUUUUUGCCAAAAAAGAUAAAAAUCGUAAGAAAAAAACUAAAGGCAUUUCAAGUGAAGAUUUUGUACAAAAAUAUGAAUAUAAAUGUAGAGAAAAUGAACCGAAUAAUAAAGAAAAUCAAUCUAAUCAUUUGUUAAGUAAUUUGGAAAGUUUUGUUCAGGAUGAUGGAGAAUGGAAUGAUUUCGAAGAUGAAAAUAAAGAUUAUUCUGGCCUAAAAAUACAAGCAUUAACUAUUGAUGAUGAUGAACAACGUGAAAAAGAAGAAGAAGAUAUUAAAAAAGAACAAUUGGAUACACCAUGGGGACGUAAAGAUGAUACCAAAGAUGGUGAUGAUAAAAAUCCUGAUAAUGAUGAUUCAGAUGUAGAAAAAGCUGAUGAUAAAGAUGAUGAUGAUGAUGAUAAUGAUAAUGAUGAUCCAGAUCAAAAACAAAUAUCACCAUCGAAUGAAAUGGAAAAACCAGCCGAAGAAUCGGCAAUUUCUGAAGAUGGUGGUCUAGAUUUAUCGAAAAUAACAGCAGCAUUAUUUAAAUCAAAAUUAAAUCGUCAAAUACAAACAAAUAAAAAAUCUGAUAAACAAGCACCAAAAAUUGAUGAUGCUGUUGAAUUUCCUGAUCUAGGUGCUACGGAUGAAGCAAUAGCUGAUGCAAAAACAUUUCAACCAGUUCGUUCUGGACUAAUAUCAUCAUCAUUAGCAUCACUACUUAAACAGGUGGAUUUUUAUUCACGUUUUAAUCCAUCACCACUUUCGAUUGAAAAAUUUCUUCAAUUCGGUCAAGAAAAAUGUGAAAAAACAUCAUUCCUAUUUUUACGUAAAGAAUUACCAGUUCGUUUAGCAAAUAUAAUGAAAGAAUUACAUUUAUUACCAAAUCGUUUAUUGGAAAUGCCAUCAGUUGAAUUGGUUAAUAGCUGGUAUGAACGUAGUUUUGAUGAAAUACUUAAUUUUGAAAGUGCAUCACCAGAUUCAUCCGAAGUACGGGAAUUAUUUUGUGAUACAUUAAUCAAAAUACGUAAUCGUCAUUCGAAUGUUGUCGAAACAAUGGCACAAGGAAUAUUGGAAUUAAAACAAUCAACAUUGGUUGAUCAACAUGUUGAACAUUGUAUACAAUAUUUUCUAAAUCGUUUCUAUAUGAGUCGUAUAUCGAUUCGUAUGUUAAUCAAUCAACAUGCUGCAUUGUUUGGUUCUGAUCUCAAUAAUCAAAGUCCACGUAAUAUUGGUUGUAUUGAUCCACAUUGCGAUGUAAAAGCAAUUGCCUAUGAUGCAUAUGAUAAUGCACGUUUUCUUUGUGAUCAAUAUUAUCUAACAUCACCGGGUAUAGAUAUUGAAACAAUAAAUGGACAAGAUCCAAAUGGUCCAGUAUCAAUAGUAUAUACACCAUCACAUCUUUAUCAUAUACUAUUUGAAUUGUAUAAAAAUGCAAUGCGUGCUGUUGUUGAAUCACAUAAUGAAGAUGAUGAUCUACCACCAAUCAAAACAAUUAUUGUUAAGGCCAAAGAAGAUUUAACUAUUAAGAUCUGUGACAAAGGUGGUGGAAUACCACGUUCAUUACGUGAUAUGUUAUUUCAAUAUAUGUAUUCAACAGCACCACAACCAUCAGCAUCGGGUAUGAAUUCAGCACCAUUAGCUGGUUAUGGUUAUGGUUUACCAAUAUCAAGAUUAUAUGCACGUUAUUUACAAGGUGAUUUAGUUAUAUCAUCAUUAGAAGGUUAUGGUACUGAUGCAAUUGUUUAUCUAAAAGUUUUAUCAAGUGAAGCAAAUGAAUUAUUGCCAGUAUUUAAUAAAACAAGUAGUAAACAUUAUACUUCGAUACAAGGAACACAUGAUUGGAGUUCCGGCGGUAGUAGUAAUAGUAACAAUAAUUCUAAUAAUAAUAAUGGUGGUAAUAAUAAUGGCAAACACACCAAACACCGCAAACAUAAACAACACAAGUAAAACCAAGAAUUUUGUUAUUAUUGUUAUUAUAUUUUGAAUGAAAAAUAUUCCUGUGAUAGAGGAGGUGAUCAAGU